GUUUGAUGUUCACAUGCUAAAAGCGCCUAGCUUGUCUGAAGCGCUACGAAAUGGUUGUGUCGGCGUUAUAUAUUUUGGACAACAAAGGGAAAGUUCUCAUUCAUAGAAAUUAUCGUGGUGAUGUCGAAACUAGCGCAAUCGAAAAGUUCAUGCCUAUUGCGAUGGAGCGGGAAGAGGAAGGAAGCCUCAUUCCAGUUUUACAAUUAGGCGAAAUAACAUUUACGUACCUUAAAUACAAUUACUUAUAUUUGGUAUGCUUGACUCGCAAAAAUGCCAAUGUAGCAAUGGUUCUUGCCUUUUUGUAUAAACUCGUCAAUAUAUUUCUUGAAUAUUUCGGGGAGUUCGAAGAGGAGAGUAUUCGUGAUAACUUUGUUAUUACAUACGAAUUGCUAGAUGAAAUCAUGGACUUCGGAUACCCACAAACGACUGACACGAAAAUCCUCCAAGAAUAUAUUACACAAGAAAGUCACAAGCUAGAGGUGGCUCCACGUCCUCCAGUUGCUGUUACAAAUGCGGUAUCUUGGCGCUCAGAAAAUGUAAAAUACCGGAAAAAUGAAGUUUUCUUGGAUGUUGUCGAGUCUGUGAAUCUAUUAGUAAGCUCCACUGGCAACGUUUUGCGGAGCGAGAUAGUGGGUAGCAUAAAACUUCGUGUUUAUCUCUCUGGAAUGCCUGAGCUUCGCUUAGGAGUAAAUGACAAGGUCAGGUUUGAAAACAUCGGGCGUGAUAAAGGUAAAGCUGUAGAACUGGAAGAUGUGAAAUUUCAUCAGUGUGUUAGGCUGUCAAGAUUUGAAAAUGAUCGAACAAUCUCUUUUAUUCCUCCAGAUGGUGAAUUUGAACUGAUGUCUUACAGACUGAACACCCAUGUUAAACCCCUUAUCUGGGUAGAAGCAAUCAUUGAAAAACAUGCACAUAGUCGUAUGGAAUAUAUGGUGAAGGCUAAAGCACAAUUCAAACGUCGAAGUACAGCUAAUCAAGUUGAAAUUCAUGUUCCAGUCCCGUCGGAUGUUGAUUCUCCAAGAUUUAAAACAACAAUGGGUAGUGCGAAGUAUGUUCCAGAGACAAAUGUUGUUAUAUGGACAAUACGCAGUUUUCCUGGUGGUAAAGAAUAUAUAUUAAGAGCCAGUUUCGGUCUACCUUCUGUAGAAGGUGGUCAAGAUGUGGAAUCUAGACCACCAAUAACUGUGAAAUUUGAAAUACCAUAUUUUACCGUAUCUGGUUUACAGGUUCAUCAUUUGAAAAUUAUUGAAAAAUCUGGUUAUCAUGCACUCCCAUGGGUACGUUAUAUCACGCAGAAUGGUGAUUAUCAACUGCGUACUUUAUAAAACAAGAAUACACCAACCAACAGAAAGAUACAAUGUUAUUUUGUAUCAUUCCUACGUAUUUCUUACUAUUUCUUUUAAAGUUUUGUCUCUCGUUUACUCCUACUACUUCCGGUUAUUUGAGUAGUAAAAUUAUCAUGUUAUCAAUUUCUCUUUUGUUUGUACGAGAAAUUUCUACUUUCGUCUCAUUUUAACCUUUUUUUAAAUUUCAUUUAUUUCAUUUUGAACAAAUUCAUUGUGAAUGAUGACAAAAAAACCUUCUACUAUUACCAACACAUUUUUUCAAUCUUCUAUAUCUUAAUAAUCUUCAUCUUAUCAACUAUUUUAGAAAAAUUCAAUCAGUUAGACCAGAAUUUAUCACAUGGCUGUGAAUAAUCACUUAUAAGCGACUACUACUACUACUACUACCGUUACCACUCUAACACUACAAAAAUUACCGCAAUUUUUAUGAAAUAUGUUUCUAUUCAUGAUAAUAUGAGUAUAAUCUUCUUAUCAGCUUCUAAUAUUAUUUGGUUAAUGAUUUUAAAUGGGAAAAUUUUUUUCACAACUUUUAAUAUAUGUACUAGUGUAUUUGUUUUUUUCUAAUAGUUGUCCUUGUGGUGUAUUUCGUGAGAGAGGGGAGAGAAGGUUUGUAUACUGUGAAGUAUAUGAUAUAUGACACUUCACUAUUGUGAUGUAUAUUAUAGGCUUUUAUUUUGUAGAUAACUUAAAUCCCAUUUAGUUUAUUUUUGAUCAUUUUUUAAUGAUGACAGUGGUUCCUGCAUAUCUCUAUAUCACACUCAUCCUGUGUCUUAUUUGUAUUUGUCGUAAAUCUGUUCACGUUCUACUCAUUUAUUUACUUACUUGUUACAAUCUUUUAUAGUCAGAAUUGGGAUAUGAA